AUGAAGAUGUCAGUAACCCUCCGUCAACAUUUUUGGAAGACGAAGCUGUGCCCCCUGCAUAUGGAAAACAGGUGUAAGGAAGGAAGCAACUGUGACUAUGCUCAUUCGAUUGAAGAUUUGCGGUCAAUUCCAGAUUUGAAAAGAACCAAGUUAUGCUACAAACUGCUAAAAGGAGAAAAAUGUUUUAAUAAAAAAUGUAAUUAUGCCCAUAACCAGGAGGAAUUGAAAUCUGCGCAGAAUUUAUUUGCGUACAAAUCUUCCAUGUGUAAGUUUGUUGCAAAUAAGACUUGCUUGAACGGAUCAACGUGUCGUUUUGCACACACCAUUGAUGAAUUGAGGGUGCCAAGAAUACCAGAAAUUUUGCUAGAAAAAACCAAUGUGGAAAGAGCAGAAGGGGUGGACGGAGAAACCGACUUCAUGCUGCUCGAAAGUGGAGGAAAUAUUAUAUGUGAAGCGAGCGGUGAUGUGAACUGCACAAGGAAAGACAAUGCGGGGGGUGCCGGCAAAGAAGGUUUGGUAAUCGACAUGGAAAAUAACUUCACUGGCAGCUUGGCAAAAAGCUUCAACAAAAAUGGCAGCAGAAAUGGUAACAAAAAUGGCAACAGGAAUAGUCACCAUAAUGACCUCCACAAUGGCAACAGAAGCUUCACCCAAAGCUUUGACCUGAUGCUGAGCAGCUUCAACUCGAUGCAGAUAACUCAGAACGAACAUGUGCACAACAGCACGAAUGGCGGCUUAGGUCAGAACAGAAAUAACGGAGCAAAUCAUCACAGAGAGGAAAGGAAAAGACGCGAUAGAAACAGAAAUAGGAAUAAAGAAAAACAGUUAAAGUUAAAAAUGAAGAAUUCAAAUUACGUAAAAAAGUACGAAGACGACAGUACAAACAAUAACAAAGCAGUGAUGAAUAGCUUCGCUUCAUCUUGCAAUAAAAAAAAGUACGCCGAGGAGAGGGACAAAUUUUACGACAGCAACACAACGAUAUCAUCAAGUCUGAACUGCGCAGAGGAGGGAAAGAAGGACCAAAUGAAUACUGAGGCCUGUGUGAGUAACACGUUUGAGAAGGUUGACAUGAAUGAGUGCUAUGUAAAAACGGAGGAGAGCAUCGGAGAGGGCUCACGCGAGGAAGCAGAGAAGGGUGUAGAGGGGGGUGACACCGGAAGCGCGACCAGAAGCGCAGUCGACAGUGCAGUGGAGGGUACAGUCGAAGGUGCAGAUAGAACAGCAAGCGGAAAAGCAGAAAGUGACGCAGAGCGCAACAGAGAAACCAGCACGGAAAGCCUUGUUGAACCACUCGAUAACCAAAGCAAAGUUAAAAGGAAAAGGGAUCCGAAUAAUCACCCCAAGUGUGACAUCGCCAGUGGCAGCGCAGAACAACAGAUCAACAACCAACACAUAAUGAAUGGCCAAACGGAUGGAGCAAAUUAUAUGAACUACAACUACGACUAUAACAGUUAUCUAAACCCAGUAGUCUACAACAAAAUGAUACAAAUGAAGUACAAUACAUAUAAUCCCUAUUUUAAUUAUAACCAAGCAAAUAAUAUUGCAUGCAAAUAUGAUGGUAGUGCCAUGCCUAGUCCUUACCCACCUUUUGCCAAGCCGAACGAAUUUUAUAUGUACGAUCAUCAAAGUAAUGUGCCCCAUAUGUCACCAAAUUAUUAUGGCAAUUGUUUAUAUUUUUACGCAAAUCCCUAUAGUUAUGGGCAGUGUGCUAUGGUGAAUAAAAUGAAGGGUGAUCAUAACGGGGCUCGGGAAAAUGUCAGUUACACAGGGGAUCAGGCGAAGGUCCCUGUUAAGAGUACAAGGGAACCAUUGGCAUUUAACGAGAGUGAUGAUAGUCAAGUAAAUGCGAAUAUUCAGGGAGAGCAGAAUGACCCAGGGGAGCAAACUUCAUCGGAGGAAUUUACUCCAUCCGAAAAGUUAGCCCCAACGGAGAACGUGGCAGACGCGGAGGAGUCCCUAAGUGAUAGGCAGAAGGUCAAAAACGAGAUUAGGAGCGACGGAGGGGAAGAAGCUUCAGAUGAAGCAGAUCGGCUAGACGGACAGCAGGAAGGAAUUACCGAUGGGGAAAAUACACAGGUAGAAGAAAACAAGCUCGGGAAAAUAAAAAAACAUAAGGGGCACACAAAUCAGUGCAACGUUACAGAAUUGAAAGCAAAAAGUGAAUACGAAGAUGCACAUAUGAACAAGAGCGUACGAACUGAUUAUAGUAAAAAAGGCAACAACUGCUUGGUGGGAACAAACGAAUGGAACAAAUGUCCAAGUGGGAACUUCACAGAAGAGCGAAUGAAACAGGCAAAGGGAAACACCAAGCAGAAGAAAAAAAAACUAUCCAAGUUACUUUCGCUAAACAGUGCAAAGAAGGGCUACAACAGAGACCUCUGCGUAAGUAAUGAGAACACCAUUGGGGGAAGGACAAAUGGAAGCAACAAACACACCGAGAGCGCCAUGUAUGGUAAUAGUGGAAACCUUGGUGACACCACCAGUGUUAUGAAAUAUCCUAAGAAUACAGAGCUUCAAUAUAAUGGUCAGGUGAAUCCCUCUUCUGUGUACAGCUACAUAUUACACGCAAACAAUGCAGAGAGUGCAAACUACGAGAAAAGGUUUAUGAAGCCGCCCCCAAAUGACAUGGACCUGUAUAUGAACAACCACUAUCACAUGAACCAGAUGGCGAACGAGCAGAUGAUGUUUAAUUUAAGCGCUCGGAACUAUGGUUAUUAUUACUACCCCUACGCGCCUCCCUCAGCAACCUACACUGAUGAGGUUUACUUAAAUUAG